GCGCUCUCGCUCCCUCCCCUCAGUAGCUCGGUGCGGAGGUAGCAGGAGCAGCGCAGGCGGCGGGGCCCGAGUCGGCUGAGGCGGCCAUUCCUAUAGCGAGAGCGCAGCGCACUGAGUCCCCCCUCCCCCGGGCCACUCGCGCACACGCAGAGAUGCCCUCGGCUACCAAUAGCACUAUGGCGAGCAGCAGCGGGAAAGCGGGGCCGGGCAGUGAGGCUGCCCCGCCGGCGGCGGCGGCAGCAGCAGCCCCGCAGGCAUCGGGCGGCAGCAUCACCUCGGUGCAGACUGAGGCCAUGAAGCAGAUCCUGGGAGUGAUUGACAAAAAGCUGCGCAACCUGGAGAAGAAAAAGAGCAAACUUGAUGAUUACCAGGAACGAAUGAAUAAGGGCGAACGUCUAAAUCAAGAUCAACUGGAUGCAGUGUCAAAGUAUCAGGAAGUGACAAAUAAUCUGGAAUUUGCUAAAGAACUGCAGAGGAGUUUUAUGGCUCUGAGCCAAGAUAUCCAGAAAACAAUAAAAAAGACAGCUCGCAGGGAGCAAUUGAUGCGAGAAGAAGCUGAGCAGAAACGUUUAAAGACUGUACUAGAAUUACAGUUUAUUCUGGACAAGUUGGGUGAUGAUGAAGUACGCAACGACUUGAAACAAGGAUCAAAUGGAGUACCAAUACUGACAGAAGAGGAGCUGACAACGCUGGAUGAAUUUUACAAGCUAGUUUAUCCUGAACGGGACAUGAACAUGAGGUUGAAUGAGCAGUAUGAACAAGCAUCUGUUCACUUGUGGGACCUACUGGAGGGGAAGGAAAAAACUGUUUGUGGAACAACCUAUAAAGCUCUAAAAGAGAUUGUUGAACGUAUUCUUCAAACAAGUUACUUUGAUAGCACCCAUAACCAUCAGAAUGGAUUAUGUGAGGAAGAAGAGACAGCACCCACACCUGCAGUUGAAGAUCCUGUAGUAGAAGCUGAACCUGAUCCAGCAGAAGAAUUUACUGAACCAACUGAAGUUGAAUCAACUGAGUAUGUAAACAGACAAUUCAUGGCAGAGACUCAGUUCAGCAGUAGUGAGAAGGAACAGGUAGAUGAGUGGACAGUUGAAACGGUUGAGGUUGUAAAUUCACUCCAGCAACAGACACAAGCUGCAUCUCCUCCAGUUCCUGAACCUCACACGCUCACUACUGUGGCUCAGGCAGACCCUCUUGUUAGAAGACAGCGAGUACAGGAUCUUAUGGCACAGAUGCAGGGCCCAUAUAACUUCAUGCAGGAUUCUAUGCUGGAGUUUGAGAACCAAGCACUUGAUCCUGCCAUUGUAUCUGCACAGCCCAUGAAUCCAGCACAGAAUUUGGACAUGCCACAGAUGGUUUGUCCGCCAGUUCAUGCUGAGUCGAGACUUGCCCAACCCAGUCAAGUUCCGGUACAACCAGAAGCUACACAGGUUCCCUUGGUUUCUUCUACAAGUGAGGGUUAUACAGCCUCCCAACCCAUGUAUCAGCCUUCUCACACAACAGAGCAACGGCCACAGAAAGAAUCAAUUGACCAGAUUCAGGCUUCAAUGUCACUGAAUGCAGACCAGACUCCGUCAUCAUCAUCACUUCCCACUGUAACCCAGCCCCAAGUGUUCCAGGCUGGAUCUAGCAAACCUUUGCACAGCAGCGGAAUCAAUGUUAAUGCAGCUCCAUUCCAAUCCAUGCAAACAGUAUUCAACAUGAAUGCACCUGUUCCUCCUGUCAAUGAGCCAGAAACCCUUAAGCAACAAAAUCAGUACCAGGCCAGUUACAACCAGAGUUUCUCCAGUCAGCCUCACCAAGUAGAACAAUCAGAUCUUCAGCAAGAACAGCUCCAGACAGUCGUUGGUACUUACCAUGGUUCCCCAGACCAGACUCAUCAAGUGGCAGGUAACCACCAGCAACCUCCUCAACAGAAUACUGGAUUUCCACGUAACAGUCAGCCCUACUAUAACAGUAGGGGAGUGUCUCGUGGUGGAUCACGUGGAGCUCGAGGAUUAAUGAACGGUUACAGGGGACCAGCAAAUGGAUUUAGAGGAGGAUACGAUGGCUACCGUCCUUCAUUUUCCAACACUCCAAAUAGUGGUUACACGCAGCCCCAAUUUAAUGCUCCUCGGGAUUACUCCAACUACCAGCGGGAUGGCUAUCAACAGAAUUUCAAGCGUGGCUCUGGACAAAGUGGACCUCGGGGAGCUCCACGAGGUCGUGGAGGGCCCCCAAGACCAAACAGAGGGAUGCCUCAAAUGAAUGCUCAGCAAGUGAAUUAAACAAAUUCACAGGAUUACAUUAAACGCCAAAAACACACUGGCCAGUGUACUAUACAUGUUACCAGAAGAGUUAUUAUCUAUUUGUUCUCCCUUACAGGAAGUUUGUUGUAAAGGGACUAUUUUCAUUACCCAUAAUGACAGGACUACAGUUGCCAGCUUCAUAUUGCCUGGAUAUGGAAAGAAACGAAAUGACGUUUACUCUGCAUGUUCUGUCCUAAGCAUCAUCUUGAGCCUUGCACAUGAGAUUCAGAAUCCUCACCCUUGCUAAGAGUAAAGAAAAAAAGGCAAUUUUCAGGGUGAUCCGAUCUCCAUGGUUACCUGAAGUGGCAGGAAAAAGCAAAGACUCACUCUGACAUUUAAAAGCGAUGCAACAAUUUUGGAAAAAAUCUGCAAAUUCCUAAAGAUUAACUUUGGUGGCAGUUGACAGAAUUUAAUGCUCCCGUGAAAGAAGGAUAGAGAAAGUGAAGUGUGGCUUGGUAGAGCAACUGCAUUUCAGCUUUUUCUUGUUAAAUUAAAGCACUGAACAGUGAAAGAUGCGUAGUGGUGCAUAUAUCCCUAAAUAGACAAAUAGGCUUAUAGCCAGGUUUUGAUAACCAGGAAUCUCCCUUAGCUACAGCACUCCCCAUGACCAGGGUUUGUGUACUGUGGCUAAGGAUACAAAAUCGCUUGCAUAACUGCUAAAGUAAUUGUGUAGAUUUUAAAAACAACAUGAACAACAAUACUUCGAUUUGGCACUUCAACAAAAUUUUGCAACAAAUGUGAGAUAUAAUCUGGAUGGCCACUGUAUAUUUGAUGUGAAGUAUUUAGAUAUCUCCUUGGAACACACUUAAGUUUUUUGAUAGCAAUGACUUUUGUAAGGAUUGGUACUCUCUAUCAUUCCUUAUGACUUGCACAUUGUCUGUCACUAAUACUUGACCUUGCUGUAUUAUCACCUAAAUAACUGAUGCCGGUACUGAUGGAAAUCUCUAAUGGAUAAUCAUAACACUUUUGGUCACAUGUCCUCUCGUCUUUCCUGCAGCCUUGAAGGUUUUAAGAAAUCUCAAAAUGCCCGCUGCUGCUGCCCUUUUAAUUGCUAUCUUUUGAAAAGCACCAGUAUGUGUUUGAAUUGAUUUCCCCUUUUAAGGGAAAUGACAGCCAGCAGUUACAGUUCUAAUGGUAUAAGUAAGACAAAUAAAACAUGUUUAUAAAAAUUGUAUCCUGGAACACUGGUUUUCAACGACUGAAACAAAUUUAACAUAAUGCGUGAUGCUUAAGGUUUUUUUCCUGCUAGAAUAGACGUAAAUCCUCUUACUCCUUUUCUUACUUUAUUCUAGUAGCUGUGACUUGUUCUGGGAAACUAUUUCUUUAUGGACACUUUCCUUUUCAUCAAGGCAGCAAUGUAUAGAAGAACUAGCAUAAGACUAGAAGCUGGAAAAUAACAAGUCUUAUUUGAGUUUUACUGCAUACUUGUUGUAUAAUCUUUGGAAAAUCACUUGUGCCUACCUUUUGCGCACAUGCACUCUCUCUGCAGUGGGGAGAAUAUGUUGAUAGCUGCCUCCAUAGAGGUGUUGGUUGUUCUUUUGCAUUCUGUAGCACAUGCAAGUGCUAUAUGUUAAGUAUUGCUCAUAAAAUAAUUCCUAUCUGUGGAAAGGUCACAUUAAGGAACAGCUACGUGCUGUUACAUGCAAAAUUGAAGGUUGUUUUCAUGCGGAAAGUCAUUUCUACUUUUUAUCACAACUGAAUUUUCAGAACUUUUAGGCAGAUUUUUUGACUUCAUAGUGAAAUAAUCUGAAACGCCAUAUAAAUAAGUAGUAAUUACAUUUUGACAUGUUAUAUGUAUGAAGAGCACAAAUGAGAAAUCUGUGUUUACUGAGAAAAGUCACAAGCUUGUGAAGACAAUAUUACACACAGGCAUCUUGAAAUGAUGCUAAUAGCUAGGAGCAGCAGUUAGUCAAGGCUGAGAAACAUUCCUUACCAGUAUAAUGAUAGAAACUGCAAUCCAGUGAGAAGUUUGGUUUCUGUGUCUUUUGUAGGAAGCUAUUACUGAGAUAAUAGUCCCAACUUUUUUCUUUCUUUCCCUUUUUUUUUUUUUUUUAACUGGAAAAAUAAAAAAAACUUUAGUGUUGAACUCAUACAGAAUAACUGACUUAUUUCCCCCCUCCUCCCCACAAGCUUACUUUUAAAUGUUUGGUAGAAUACAAGCUAUUCUGCUUUUUCCAUUGCAUACCUAAUGCUUCUUCAGCUCAUAUUUUCACAGUAAAGUUGCAGCAUACUGAAUUAAAGACCACUGAGUGGAUGAAAACAUUCCCCUUUAGGGUUUGGGUUGUUUUUAAACAUAAGUGUAUUAAUAAAAUGUGGGUAGUUGUGAGGCCUCUAAUUCGAGGUAUAAGCUUUUCAUGUAUGAAAAUGGUUUUGAGUGUAGCUGUUCCUCUGUAUGGUGAUAGAGGGAGAUGUGUUAUAAUAACUAUAAAACAAGUAAUUGUGAUAUAGUUAAUUUGGGAAUUUGCACAGACUCCUCUCAAUAAAUGCAGCUAGUGUACUGAAAUACUGCCUUGGAUCACAGUAUGGCAUAUAGAUUCGCUAAUUGGUUUUCAGGCCUAUUGAGGGGAUCUGUGUGUCAGCUUCAUGGUUAAUUGGACCUAUCCAUAGUUUCUUCUGCUACACUUUCCCCCACUGCAGUGCAGGUGCAGAACUGCACAUUUUAAAGAAUUCUAUUUAGAUAGAAAAUGGUGAGAACUUAAGAGCGCUUUGGUAUCCACCCUCCCUAGCUUAGCUCUAGAUCGGAGUUGCAUCCAGAUUGCAAGCACUUUUAUAUACCUUUGCUUCUAAAAGACCUUGUUUUGAACAAUGACCAUUACAAGAAGUGAUUGUACCGAGGCAAAAUAGUGGCAGUUCUGGGCUGGUUCUGUUGUAGAGCCCUUUUUGGAUGCCAGGACAUGAACUGCAUUUAGUCUAGUGAGCUGCAGCUUAAGGAUUAGUCAAGCCUGAUGCCUGUGAUUGGAAAAGAGGGAAUGAGUGUAAUUAAGCACUAUUCAUGAGCCCGUAUGUAGACACAUCACUUGCACACCUUAUCUUUGGUAUUUUUACUUGAUUCUCCUGUGAAUCAGUCUCCUAGGAAUGUAACAGACCAGUUAUGACUGGCUUCUGCAUAUACAACUACUAUGAGGAGAUAGUGGUUUUUGUUUUUUUUCUUUUUGUUUUUUCCUGGGGUUUAUUUGUCUAAUAUUAUUAGGCUGUGAUAACAUAUGGUAGUAUGUGUAUGAGAACCAACUUUCAGCUUCAGUGUCUUAUUUCCUUUUGUCUGUAAUACAAUAUUUCUUGAGUAAAUCAGUUAGAAAUGGC